CCAUCUUUUUCCAACUUUCUUCCCUUUUUUUUCUUUGUGCUUUUCUGUUAUUACCCAACUGCUCUCCAACACAACCCCUUUAUCUUUCACAUACUCGACUUGAGUGACUUCCAAGAACCAACAACAUUAUUAAGUUUCCAAUCUCCGUUUCUUAAUUCCCCCAAAAUCAGACACCCAUUUUGGGAUUUUGAUAAUACCAAUCACAAAUUCAGAUCACUUAUUUCAAAUAUGGAAAAAGAUAGCUUCUUUAGCACUGAAGGUAAUGGGAUUCCACACGCCUGGAAUUCAGUCUUCGGAAUGGAAAUUGAAAGUCAAGUUAGCGAAUUGAAUUGUAGCUCAGAACAGAUUCCCAAUUGCUUUUUCAAUCGCAAUUGGGAUAAUUCAAUGGAUCAGAGCGAUCCCUUUGAAUCUGCCUUGAGUUCCAUUGUCUCAUCUCCAGUGAAUUCGCAUCCUGGAAUCCCAAUUCCGGGUUGUGGAGGUGAGAACGUGGUGCUCAAGGAAUUGAUUGGUAGAUUAGGAAGCAUAUGUAAUUCUGGGGAGAUUUCACCUCAGUCUUGUAUACAAGGAAACAAUAGCGCCAACACGUCAUGCUACAAUACUCCAUUGAAUUCGCCACCGAAGCUCAAUUUGUCAAUAAUGGAUCAUCAUCAGAUUCAAGGGAAUUUGCCAAUUCCCAGGAAUCAUCAAUUACCAUUGGCUCCUUUCCCUGCAGAUCCUGGAUUUGUCGAGAGAGCAGCCAGAUUCUCUUGCUUUGGUGGGAAGAAUUUUGGGGUGAAAGAAUCCGAAUUCCCCCAUAUGGUGGAAUCAGGAAAGUUGUCAAGAGUGUCAAGUAAUCAGUCGUUCAAGACUACUGGAUCUCAGUUCGUGGGAAUUCAAGAAGAAGGAACUGGAACUCCAAUUCCGGCUUCUGAUAAGAAAUUCAGCAGGUUAUCCAUGUCGUUGACUUCAGAAAACAAGGAAUUGGAUAAUUCCAUGGAGGAAUCAUCUCUAUCCGAACAGAUCCCUGGUGGGGAAACCGGAAUUAAAGGUCAAAAUACCAAUUCCAACGGCAGAAAGAGAAAGGCAAUCCCGAAGGGGAAAGGAAAAGAAACCCAAUUCAGCGCUCAAUCUACAAAAGACACCACGACUGUGGUAGAACAAGAAAAAGAGGAAUCAGAUGCAAAAAGAAGCAGGUCGGAUGAAGAAGGUAAUGCUACAGAAAAGGAAAAGGAAAAGGAAAAGGAAAAGGUAGAAGGGAAUGGGAAUGGGAAUGGGAAUCAGAAGCAAACGAAGGAAACAGCAAAACUACCAGAGCCACCGAAGGACUACAUUCAUGUCCGAGCAAGAAGGGGUCAAGCUACCGAUAGCCAUAGUCUUGCUGAAAGGGUGAGAAGAGAGAAGAUAAGCGAGAGGAUGAAGUUCCUUCAAGAUCUUGUUCCUGGUUGCAACAAGGUGACAGGAAAGGCUGUUAUGCUGGAUGAGAUUAUAAAUUACGUACAAUCAUUGCAGAGACAAGUUGAGUUCUUGUCAAUGAAAUUGGCAACCGUUAAUCCAAGAACAGAUAUGAACAUGGAAGCUCUUCUAUCUAAAGACACUUUCCAAAGGGCAUCCAUGUCAAACGUCAUGAAUCAUAUUGAUGCAUCAGUCCAGCCAUUUUAUGGAAUGAUUCCCGAUGGACAAGAACACCCUUUGAUGGCAAUGAUGCAUCGUAAUUCAAACAUGAAGUCAGAUGGUUUUGGCGAAGCAAAUGCGUUCUGGGAAAAUGAUCUUCAGAGUGUUGUACAAAUGGGGUUUGGCCAAAAUCAAGCACAAAGCUUUCAUGGAACAAUGGGUGGAGGUCAAAUGAAAGUUGAGCUAUGAUACCGAAUUCAUUGAUAUAACUAUUUAGGCCCUUAAAGCAAGAAGAGCAUUUGUAUAGAGAAAGGAAGAAGAGAU